GAAACUGAUCUGCAAAAUCUCAAAUCCCUUUUCUGCAACAUCCACUGUACAAACUAACAGCUAAUAAAACACAUCCCGCAACCGUAUCCAAUAUAAAAACAUAGUAACAGUCAAAUAAUAAAUCAGCAUUCUCCAUUUUUCAAUUCAAAGCUGAAAUGCUGUAAAAAAAAAAAAAAAAACAGUCAUGAAAACCCUAGCCCUAUCUCAUCACCGACCGGUUGCCCCCGUUUCCGGUCACCGGUCAUCCAUUUUUUCCGGUCAACUCGCCACGUCAGCAUCCACGUCACUCUCUUUCUCCAGGUCAUCCCGUGUAGGUGCUGCCCGAAUUCGGGUUCUCAACUGCUCCGCCGCCAUUUCUCCUCCUUCAUUAGGUUGUGCAGUGGACGAUUCAGUGAAGUUCAAGGAGGCUGCGAAGAAUGGGAAUUUGAUCCCCCUCUACAGGUCUAUAUUCUCCGAUCACUUAACCCCAGUCCUCGCUUACCGUUGUUUGGUGAAGGAAGAUGAUAGGGAAGCUCCAAGCUUCUUGUUCGAGUCCGUAGAGCCUGGUUUGAAAGUUUCUAAUGUUGGUCGAUACAGUGUGAUUGGGGCUCAGCCGACAAUGGAAAUUGUUGCAAAAGAGAACAUGGUGACAAUUAUGGAUCACCCCAAAGGAAGGAGAACGGAGGAAUUUGUGGAAGAUCCAAUGACCAUUCCUCGUAGGAUUAUGGAAAAAUGGAAACCUCAAUGCAUAGAUGAGCUUCCUGAGGCAUUUUGUGGAGGUUGGGUUGGUUACUUCUCAUAUGAUACAGUGCGCUACGUAGAAAAAAAGAAGCUUCCUUUCUCAAAUGCUCCCCUGGAUGAUAGGAAUCUUCCUGAUCUUCAUCUAGGUCUUUAUGAUGAUGUAAUUGUGUUUGAUCAUGUGGAAAAGAAAGCAUUUGUCAUACAUUGGGUGCGGUUAGAUCGGUUUGCUUCAGUAGAGGAGGCCUACAAUGAUGGUAUGACCAGAUUAGAAGCAUUGAUGUCUAGAGUACAUGAUAUUGUACCCCCUAGGUUGGCUUCAGGAUCGAUAAAACUUCAUACUAGCCUAUUUGGUACUUCAUUGAAAAACUCGACCAUGACAAACGAAGACUACCAGAACGCUGUUUUAAAGGCCAAGGAGCAUAUCCUGGCUGGGGACAUUUUCCAAAUUGUUCUUAGCCAACGUUUUGAAAGACGAACAUUUGCAGACCCAUUUGAAGUAUACAGAGCACUAAGAAUUGUAAACCCAAGCCCUUAUAUGACUUAUCUACAGGCUAGGGGGUGUAUUCUUGUUGCUUCUAGUCCAGAAAUUCUUACUCGAGUGAAGAAGAAAACAGUUACUAAUCGACCCCUAGCAGGGACUAUUAGGAGAGGUAAGACACCUAAGGAAGAUUAUAUGUUGGAAAAGCAACUUUUGAACGACGAGAAACAGUGUGCAGAGCAUAUAAUGCUGGUUGACUUGGGAAGAAAUGAUGUUGGAAAGGUCUCUAAACCUGGUUCGGUGAAAGUUGAGAAACUAAUGAAUGUUGAACGGUAUUCCCAUGUCAUGCACAUCAGCUCCACGGUGACUGGAGAGUUACUUGACCAUUUGACUAGCUGGGAUGCUCUGCGUGCAGCGCUUCCUGUUGGAACCGUUAGUGGAGCGCCUAAGGUGAAAGCCAUGGAGCUAAUUGAUCAGCUGGAAGUUACAAGGCGCGGACCAUACAGUGGUGGAUUUGGAGGCAUUUCCUUUACCGGUGAAAUGGACAUUGCCUUAGCUUUGAGAACCAUUGUAUUUCCAACUGGAACGCGUUAUGACACUAUGUACUCGUACAAGGAUGCCGAUAAGCGACGAGAUUGGGUUGCUUAUCUCCAAUCUGGGGCAGGUAUAGUAGCCGAUAGUGACCCUGCCGAUGAGCAAAGGGAAUGUGAAAACAAAGCUGCAGCUCUUGGCCGUGCCAUUGAUCUUGCAGAGUCCUCAUUUGUUGACAAAUAAUAGAUUCAGUCCUAUUGUCGAAUUUUGUCUCAUAAUUUAUUUUUAUUUCUUGAUGGAUGUGGAAAAGUUUGUUUUCAGUCCGUUAUGUUGGCAAGUGACUGAAUUCCCACCAAUGUCAUUGAGUGUUGCAUAUGUUCAAUAGUGGCUUCAUCAACUGUACGAUGGUGCCACAAAGAGUCCAGAAUCGGCCUAGUUAGUUGUAGUUUUCUGGUUGCCAAUUGGUUUCAAAUUUUGGCUUUUUCAGUUC